GUAAACAAUAACAAAUACACCGUAACUCAAAAUUUCCACAACAACGAUACAAAAUUUUUGAACUCAGUCAGAUGGAAGUGCCUCCGACCCAGAAUGAAGAAGUAUCUACAACAACUCCCGAAGAACCGUUCUCUGUUGAGUGCGUCAUCUGCCUGGAGCCGCUGUCGAAAGCUAGACGGAAGGCACUGGAGUGCUGUCACUGUUUCCACGAGUGCUGCAUCGAUGAGUGGCUGUUCCGGAAGAAGAACUGUCCAACCUGCCGCCGAGAUACGCUGGUGACGCCCCGGAAGACGGCCAUUGCAUCGAGGCGGAGGAUGCGCCGGAAUAAUCCGCUGGCCCGAGAUCCUACCACUGGUCGCAGAUCUGCUCUGGCAUCCCGGGGACGUUCCAGAUCACGCUCUCGACCGAAUCACACCCCUUCUGAUGAUUAGUUAAGUAGUUGGCAUAGUAAAAUUAACGGUAGUCAUUAUUCCUCCAUCUUUGAAACUAUUUAUUGAAAUUUUGUUUGUUAUCUUUGUUUUAAAUUUCGGAGUGUUCAAUGUUUGACUUAAGUCUAUUUUUAAAUAUUGAUUUUCUCAUUAAA